AAUUAGGUAUUAAGGUCAAUAGCCUAAUAGUCUACCCUCAAAACUUCUCCCCUUUUAUUUUUUUCUCUCAAAUUCUAUCUUUCUCUUUCUUUAUCUCUCUCUUUCUUAUCUCUAUUACGGACGGAGAAACCAUGAGAUGACUCUCUUCUUUAAACGGCGUAACGGCUUAUCCUUAAAAACGCCGUUACUUCAAUUCACGUUUUAAAGACACGUGUCAUUCGUAAACCGCAUCACUCCUUACUGCGUUUUGUUUCUUUGAAUGGCUUUGGAACAACUCAGCCUAGCACCGACCUCCGUUAACGGCGAAACUGAUGGCGUCAAUAACGGCGUUGCACAUCGGCCGCCCUCCAACGACGGCGGAGAGGACGGCUUAAAAGCGCCUAGACUCCCGCGAUGGACGCGCCAGGAAAUUCUAGUUCUUAUACAGGGAAAAAGGGUUGCCGAGAAUAGGGUUCGACGAGGCCGGGCGGCGGGUGUGGCGUUCGGUUCGGGCCAAGUUGAGCCAAAGUGGGCUUCGGUUUCGUCUUAUUGUAAGCGGCACGGGGUGAACCGGGGGCCGGUUCAGUGCCGUAAGCGGUGGAGCAAUUUGGCCGGCGAUUUUAAGAAGAUCAAGGAGUGGGAGACACAACAAGCGAAGGAUGGAACGGAGUCGUUUUGGAUCAUGAGAAACGACUUGAGAAGAGAGAGGAAGUUGCCGGGGUUUUUCGAUAGAGAGGUUUACGAUAUCCUCGACGGUGUGACCACUAAUCCUUCGGCUGCCACGGCGGAGGAAACGGCGUCUCCGACGGCGGCAGUGGGUGGGAGAUUAGCCUUGGCUCUGGCUCCGACAGAGGAGUCAGCGGAGGAUACCGAAGCAGUUUUCGAUAGCGGGAGGACCGCGGCGCCAGAGGAUGGAAUUUUUUCGGAUUUUGAGCAAGAGGAAAUCGGAGCUAGUCCUGUGAAGGUGGCAGCGACAGGGACGGAGACAACGGCAAAGGAGGUGAAACCCAUAUCGGCGACGAUGCCAAUUUCAGAUAAACAUUACCAUCCUAAUAUUUUGCAAGGCUCUCAAGGUCAAGUUAUUCAACAAUCUACAGGUGCUACAAAUGAGAAACAACCGGCAUCUGGAAAUCCUGAGAUAGGUUCAACUUCUCAAGAAGGGCGAAAGAGGAAGCGAUUUUCGGUGGACGGGGACGAGGAAAUGAGCAAUCUGCAAUGCCAGUUGAUCGAUGUACUGGAAAAGAACUGUAAAAUGCUGACGGCACAACUGGAAGCCCAGAACAAUAAUUUUGAGCUGGAGAGGGAGCAGAGAAAAGAAAAUGCAGAUAACUUAGUUGGAGUACUGAAUAAACUUGCAGAUGCUUUGGGAAGAAUUGCUGAUAAAUUGUAGGAGAAGAGAUGAGAUGAGAUGAGUCGAUUAAUUAAUUAAUUAAAAAUACUGUACAUAAAAAGGAUCUGGGUUUGUUUUUAGUUUUAUUAUUAUAUUUUAAUUUAGUUUUUUUACACUUGAUCAAAAUUUAGAAUCAUACGUAGCGAAUAAAGUUCUAAAUUUUAGGCUUGACGGUUUA